CGGAGUGGACAUACGGAGUGAGGUCCGGUCUCCAGUAUUAUUUAAAUAAAGUACGGAAAUGGUGUUGAUAACGCCACCAGUAUGUCGACAAUUAAAUAUCAGUUAAUUCCAACAAAUGAGGGCGAGCCCAUUGAAGGAAAGACCCCACAUUGGAUAGGGAAAAUGUGUUUUCUGUGCACGGCUCUUUUUGUGAUUGUGUUCUAUGUUCUAAGUUCAGCGGAGGAUCAGCUGGAGAGCAGUACCCAAGGUUAUGCAGUGACUUCCGGAAGUCCCUUUUCUUUGGAGUCCAGUACAGUGGGUGCAAGGGUUUCUUCGCGUCUUCUGGAUGUCCUACAAGAUCCGAGCACUCUGUCACCCUGGACUGAGAUUACCAAGCAGUCUCCGUUGAGUGACGGAUAUGAGAAGGGAUUGGAAAGCGAAGAUGAAUGGAUCACAGAAGCUCAAAUGGCGGAGACCACAACACUCCAAGUCUUGAGUUCCUUAGAACAGAUUACCGCUGAGACGACCACGAAAGCCUCUUAUCCAUUGGAAACGGCUUCGGGAGAGAAAUACUUUGUGAAUAGCCCUGAGUGCCAAAUGCGCCAUCCAAAUCCCUUCGCCAGUAACAUCCGAAAGAUCUACAGGAAGCAUCACUAUAUAGUCUGCGAUAAGAGUCCCGAUAUGGUCACAGUGAACUUUAACGACACGACCGGGACCUACAGGCUGCACAAGAACGAGGGCAACUCCACUUGCUGCUUUAAGCGGAUCCUCCGAGUAGGACUUCGGACCAUGGCGGACCACAAAUACAAGCUGCUUCCGUGUGAGAAAUUCCCCCAGGAUUUUGAAGUCCCAACUGAAGUCACGGCCAUGAUCACCGAAUGCCGGAAGAGUCCGCAGGGCAACGUGUCACAAACAGACGCCUUUAGUUUUGUGCAUCCCCGGAAGGAUUCCAAUCCAGCUUUGAGCAAACGGCCCAGCGUCCUGCUCUGGGGCAUCGAUUCCGUCUCCCGAAUGAACUUCCAGCUGACCAUGCCCCUCAUGCACGAGUACUUGAACGGUCAGCACUGGUACGAGCUGCAGGGCUAUAACAAGAUGGGCGACAACACCUUUCCGAACCUAAUGGCUCUGCUGACGGGAUUUAACAAGACCUACGCCAAUGCCAGGUGCCGGCCGAGUGCGGUAGGUGGCCUAGACGCCUGCCCGCUGGUGUGGAAGGACUUCAAGGCGAAGGGUUACACAACGGCCUUCGCCGAGGACUGGAGCAGAUUUUCCACAUUUGACUUCAUGAGCAAGGGCUUCCGUAAUCCGCCGACGGACGUCUACGGCCGACCAAUGAUCCUGGCCUUGGAAAAGGAGCUAAAGAAGACAAUAAUGGCAGACAUGCCCUUUUGCUUGGGCCGCAGGUCAUCCGGCGAGUACAUCUACGACUUGGCCGAGCAGUUUACCAGGGCCAACCGGAAUCGGACCUUCUUUGGCAUGUUCUGGACGAAUACCUUUAGCCACAAUGACUUCUCCAUGCCGUCCGCCAUGGAUGCAAGGAUGGUGCAGUACAUGAGGUCGUUGGACAAGAACGGCGUCAUGGACAACACAAUUAUCAUCUUCUUUAGCGACCAUGGAAGUAGGUUUGGUCCGUUGCGAAAAUUGGACAGCGGUUUCCUAGAGGAGCGGCUGCCCUUUUUUUAUAUGCGCAUGCCACGAUGGAUUCGGGAGAAGUAUCCGGAGUUAAUGAGGAACCUGCGGGCGAACCGCAAUCGCCUUACAUCGCCAUACGACAUUCAUGCCACGCUGAAGCACAUCCUGAGGCUGGACACCCCGCCCGAGCAGCUGCCCCGCCCUGAGGGCUGUCCCACCUGCCACAGCGUCUUCGAGGAGGUGGACUGGGCCCGGAAUUGCUCUCAGGCUGGAAUUGAUGAGCACUGGUGCGGCUGUGACAGCUUCACCGAGUUGCCCUCAUCGGAUGCCAGGCUUGGAGCUAUGUCCACUCAGCUGGUGGACGCCAUUAACGAGUUUGUGGCGGGGAAAAAGGGAGCAGAAAAGUGCCAUCGCCUGAGGGUGGGACGAGUAUUAUCGCUGCAGCAAAGGGGCAACUCGAACGCCUAUCUGCUGCAGGUAUAUGCCCAACCAGGGAAUGCUUUCUUUGAGGCCACGGUGGACUGGGAUACGGGGAGUCAAAGGAUUUCCAUCCGAGUGCCCAGCAUCAGUCGACUGGACUUCUAUUCCUAUCAAUCGAAAUGCACGUCGGUCAAGGAAACUAAGAAGUUUUGCAUCUGCUGAGGUCUAGGUUCCGCAGGAUUGCACCAAAAAGGACCCCCUUCGGUAUCUGUCGGAUCUCGGAUUCCGGGGCCUUUGUUCCAGUGAGUAAUAAAGCGUAUCGCUAGGGACAAUCUGCGUUUAGUUCCUGGCAACCACUUCCGCCAAAGUAAUUGCGGUUGAGAUUGUGCAAAUUCUAAAUUAGUUGACAAUUACACGACAAUUGGCAGAUAAUUCUCCCGAGAUAGCAAGAAAUAUCAACAGAAACUUACCGCAAUCAAGACGCAUCUGUAAAAUACAAUAUUAGCAACUAUAUCUUAUAACUGGAUUGAGUACAAGUAUGAGAAUAGUUUAUCUUAUCAAAGAGGUUUUAUUGUGAAUUUCGCUUCUUUUAAUCUCGAGUGCACUUGAAAAAUAAAAUGAUGUUUAUCUUGUGCUGCGAAUUUGAGGACAUGGCUCUUCACAAUAUUAUGGCCCAAAAGUGCUUGACAAAAGUUGUGAUUUAUGAAAACAAACAUUAGAUUUAAGUGUACUUUUAGGAAAUUAAAGAAUUUAUUUACCAUUGUAUAUAAUUUAAAUUCAAAACUCAACUAUAAUUAAUGUUGAAUAAUAAUAAAUGUUGAACAUAUUACUAAUUUUACAACUUGGGCCAGCUUUUGAGAAAUGCUGAUAUUAUUUAUAGAAUUUGAAGAGUUUCUGAACCUAUUUUUAUAUAAUUUAAAAUCAUAAGUAAACUAUUGAAUCGUAAUAAAAGCUGAAGAAAUUAGGCCAGUUCUUAGGAAAUAUUGAUAUCAUGAUGUGAUAGCAUGGGGCUCUUGGCUUCUCAAUACAGCCAACUGUAAUUAACAGAUAGGGGUUUAUAAGUUAAAAGUUUUCCAAGAAAUUUCAAACAAUCCUAUAUUGGCUCUAUUGUACUUAACUUGACGCUUCAGGGUCGUAAGAAUCAAAAUUAUCUAUAUAUAUAAAAGAUAUAGAACAUUUACAGCCGAUUUCCUGGGACUUGCUAUCUUUCUACCAUUAAAGUUCACUCCUUGAAGGUUUGAUAGGAACUUUAAAAACGGAUGUUGACCUAGUACUAUUACUUUAUAAGUGAACGUAGAUAACCGAUACUGCUGAUAGUUCCUAAGUUUAUAUUAAAUGGUUAUACUACAUUAUGAAUAAAGAACUAGAAUAUAAAAUGAAGUGCAGUUUAAAAUAUAUUGUAUUAAAUGAAUUAAACAAGCUUGUUAACUAAUUACAGUUAACAGAAGCUUCCCCACUUGCUGCGUAUAUUUAACAUUUGAUAAACCAUUGUCUCAAGGUAAUACAACGGCAGACUAGCUUAAUUUAUUAAACAACUCAUCGCCGAAACUUUGAGGUUUGUAUGAGGUAUUAGAGUCAUUGAAUCGGCUGAUUGCAUGUUCUCAACAAUCAUAGUAGAAAACUGGUAAAUACAUUAU